CGCGAUAUUCAGGCGGUCAGUGCUUGCUAUGAAUAAUGGCCGCCUUCGUAGCGAUGGCCGGAACGGAAAAUAACACAAAAGGGAUAAUAGAGCUUUUUAGCUGACUGGAAGAACCGUAAGGCUCCGGGGACCCCUUCCUACCCACUUUUCUGGACGGAUGGGUGGAGGGGGGUUGGCCAAAGGAUUCAAGAGACAGAAAGAGACUCUCAGGGAACACAGGGAAAGCUAAGCGGGGAGCUAACGCUAGCUGGCUAACAACACAGUUGUCACUAACGGGGAACAGAGCCGAAUAACCGCGACAGCUGUUCCGUCGAGAGGCCCGAAUGAAACGGUGACCCCGCAGUGUGGUGGAACUGCCGGCCUGUCGCUAAUAUGAGCGGACCGGGUCAGGACAGCGAGCCCGAGGCGAAAGUCCUUCUUAUCAAGCGGCUUUACAGGGCUGUGGUGGAGUCUGUGCACAAGCUGGAUGUCAUCAUCGGCAGUAAGUCAUCCUACAGAGAAGUCUUCAAGCCGGAGAACAUCAGCCUGCGGAACAAGCUGAGAGAGCUUUGUGUGAAAUUAAUGUUUCUGCAUCCUGUUGACUACGGCCGUAAGGCCGAGGAGCUGCUCUGGAGGAAGGUUUACUAUGAGGUCAUCCAGGUUAUCAAGACGAACAAAAAGCACAUCCACAGCCGCAGUGCCCUGGAGUGCGCCUACAGAACGCACCUCAUCGCCGGCGUGGGUUUCUACCAACAUCUGCUGCUCUACAUCCAAUCACAUUACCAGCUGGAGCUGCAGGACUGCAUUGAUUGGACGCACGUCACUGAUCCUCUGAUCGGUCGGAAGAAACCCGUGUCGGCCUCUUCUAGAGAGAUGGAGUGGGCUCAGAUGGCGUGUCAUCGCUGUCUGGUCUACCUCGGAGAUCUGGCGCGCUAUCAGAAUGAACUUGCUGGAGUGGAAGCUGAGCAGCUGGCAGAGAGAUUUUACCACCAAGCCUUGUCUGUCAUGCCCCAUGUUGGAAUGCCUUUUAACCAGCUGGGAACACUGGCAGGAAGCAAGUUCUACAAUGUGGAAGCAACCUACUACUACCUACGAUGCAUCCAAUCAGAUACUCCGUUUGAGGGGGCCUACGGCAACCUGAAGCGUCUGUUCGACAAAGCUGCCAAGAUGUACCACCAGGUGAAGAAACAGGAAAUGAAGAAGCUGUCUCCGUCUCGGCAAAGAUCCAAAGACAUUAAGCGUGUCCUGGUGAGCUUCAUGUACCUUCAGAGUCUACUGCAGCCUAAAAACAGCUUGAUGGAGACGGAGCUGACUUCGCUCUGCCAGUCGGUGCUGGAGGACUUCAACCUGGUUCUGUUUUACCUUCCGGCUCCGACACACGGAGGCGCUCCACCCUGUCCGAGUGAGGAAGAGGAGGAGCAGACGCAGCACAGCGACAGUUCAUACCCUGUUCUGCCCGACAACCUCAUCUUCAAGAUGGUGGUCACAUGCCUGAUGGUCGUACACAGCCUUAAGAGAGGAGGAUCUAAGCAGUACAGCGCGUCCAUAGCGUUUACGCUGGCUCUGUUCUCCCACCUGGUGAACCACGUGAACAUCCGGCUGCAGGCUGAACUAGAGGAGGGGGAGAGCCAGGUUCCUGCGCUGCACACCGACGCUGCAGAUGACCUUGAAGUGAGGGAUAUGUCAGCUGCAGAAGUGGAUCCGUCAGAGGAGAGGCCUCUGCAGAACGGCUCCCUGGAGCAGGAGGAUGAGGAGGAUAAGGAUGAAGAUGGCCGUGAGCGGGUCCGAGUCAAAAAGCAGAGCAGCGAAGAAGAUCAGCACAAGGCAGAGGAGGAGAAGCAGAGACAGAAGAAGAAGUACACCCGCCUAUCUCGGCUGCGGCGCCGCCGCUGCGCGCAUAAAGGCGGACAAGGGGAGGACGAAAGCGACCUGAGCGAAGGAUUCGAGAGCGAAGAAGACGAGGAAGACGAUGAAGGAGGGAGGGUGCGUGCUGACUCCACAGGGGGGACGCCAGUAGAUGAACCGCUCAACCCUUCGUCUGUGAAGAAGGAGACGAAGAGGGACGGCCUGGGUGAGGAAGGCAGCUGGGAGAGUGGCUCUGAGGAAGAGGAGGGAGGGACCGCUUUCGACGUGGAGACUGACUCGGACAUGAACAGCCAGGAGUCCUGCUCAGACCUGGAGGACAUAGAGGACACAGAAAACUCAGACAGCACCGAGGGUCCGGCCCGGGAGCAGCAGGAGGAAGAAGUGGAGCAACCCAGGGAGGAAGGCGGGGAUCGUGACGGCGAGGCCCCGCCCAGCACCAACGGGCCCCUCACGCAGAGCGACUCCAGCAUCAGCAGCAACCUGCAGGCCAUGUCCUCCCAGCUCUUCCAGUCCAAACGCUGCUUCCGCCUCGCACCCACCUUCAGCAACAUGCUGCUGAGGCCUCAGGCCGCCUCAGGCUCCACCCCCACUGACACCUCCGCCCCGCCCUCCCAGGAGGCUCCCCCUCCGCCUGGAGACUCACACCGCGACCUGAACCCCGGCACUGCCAAUGGAACCAACGACAAUGACCUGGACUCGGACUCGGAGGAAAGUCAGCACAGCGCCCACAGUGAAAAAACCCUGCUGGAGAAACUGGAGAUUCUGUCCAAUCAGGGCUUGAUGCAGGUGGUGAAGGUCUUUGUUGAUUGGCUCAGGACGAACACAGAUAUAAUCCUCAUGUGUGCACAGAGUUCGCAGAGCUUGUGGAACCGUCUGUCGGUUCUGCUGAACCUUCUUCCAGACGGCAGCAAGUUGCUGGAGGCUGAUUUGGGGCUGAACUCGGAGGUGACAGAGAUGUUAAAGGAGUGCGAACAGCCGGGUUUGAGCCCGACUCUGCUGCUGCCUGAGGAUGUGGCGCUGCGGCACCUGCCUGCGCUCAGCGUCGCUCACCGCCGGCUGGAUUUCAGUCGCCGCAACGCCUCCCUCAGUCCCCUGCAGGAGUGUGUGUUGCGAGUGUGUUGCAUUCGCAGUUUUGGCCACUUCCUAACAAAUCUCCAAGGCAACGUGCUGCACUUCAACCCCGAGGCAGGAAUCUUUACCAGCAUCAGCCAAUCGGAGCAGGACAAUCUGGUGCAGCAGGCGAAGGCCCAGUUCAGGAUGGCGGAAGAGGAGGCCCGUCGGAAUCGUUUGAUGAGGGACAUGGCCCAACUUCGACUGCAGUUGGAGGUCUCGCAGCUAGAGGGCAGCCUUCAGCAGCCCAAAGCUCAGUCGUCCAUGUCUCCCUACCUGGUUCCUGACGCUGCCGCCCUCUGCCAUCAUCUGAACCUCAUCCGACACCUGGCCAGCAGCGGCUGCUUCAUCAUCAUCAUCCCAAGAACAGUGAUUGACGGGCUGGAUCGGCUAAAAAAGGAAAACGGUGGUGCAAGAGACGGGAUCCGCUUCCUGGAGUCGGAAUUCCGCAAAGGAAACAGGUACAUACGUUGUCAGAAGGAGUCGGGUCGCACUUUUGAGAGGGAUAAACUGAAGCGGCAGGACAUCGAAGCUUGGCAUCUGUAUAAGAUGGUGGACAGCUGCCGACAGCUGACGGUGUCCCAGAGCAACGGAGACGAAGACACAGCCGGCAUGGUGACCAUCCUGACAGGACAUGAGGUGGACGAGCUCUGCGCUCGGUCUGCCGCCAUGAAGUCGGCGACCCAGGCUGCGUCGUCCGCAGGCAUGGAGCUGAAGAACAUCGUGGAGUUCUACCGCCAGUGGAAGGAGAUCGGCUGAGAGCGUACCGGGGGGGCAGCUGUCAGUGCUGCGAGCAGCUGAUCGAUGACAACACUCGCUCCCUCUCUCUCUCCCACUCUUUUGCUCUGUGUGUAUCUGCGUCUCCAAAAAGGAAAGAAAAACAACUCAAAAGAAAGCUGGAUCGAAGAGUUAAAAGUUUUGAGGGCUUGAAACGGAAAUAAAGAGGAGGUUAAAAAAUAAAACAUAAAUAAAAACAAAAGAAGAAAAGGCAGGCAACACGAGAAGCAGCAGAUCUCCCACCUCUCAGUUUGUUAAACAUAAAGCGUGAGCGUGGCGGCGGCGGCCGGGGGAGGAAGCGCUGGGAUGGGCGUGCCCCUGGUUCACCUCUAACCAGGAAUACACUGUAUAUGUUAGCAAACGAGUACAUUUGUGUUGAGAGAAUCCGCACACACAAACUCAUUCACGCCGAGAUGAAUCCAUAUAGAUAUUUAGAGCAGUGUUCUGGAUUUCCCUUCCCUCUUUCCUUCAGUCUGAUUUCCAGAAACGGGGUCAGGAAGGCGAGCUGAGCGGCGGAGGAGGCGCUGCCUGACUUCCAUCGAUCAGAACCAAACCAGGCGCCUCGUCGCCCGCAGGCUCAAAGGAAGACGGAUCUAUGGUUUCUCUAAUAUGUGGGGUUUUUUAAUUAUUUUAUUUGGAUUUAUUUUUUCCUUAUUUGCGGUGUACUUUUGUGACCAGUGACGUACGUAUUGUGCUAUUUGUCUGAGAAAAGAAAGAGAAAACGCAGCAGGCUUUGACCUGUUGGAAGAUUUUCAUUUGGAUUUUAUUUUUGUACCCAAAUGAUGUUAUUUUUCUUUAUUUUUUUUUUGUUUUGUUUUUUUGUAAGCUGAAUCUGAAUGAUAAACACAGGAAUGUCUAAGGGAAAGGGGAAGGGCUUGUUAUUGUGUGUUGAUCCACUGAACCAAUCCUGAACAGAAGCUAAGAAAGCAGAAUCUAUUUAUCAGGUUAGACGGAGCAGGUAGGUGGGAGCUGAUUGGUGGAGAUCAGCCGACCUGUCCUGUGGGCGGGGCGGGGCGGGGGUCUGGGUUGUGUCUGUAAACUCCUGAAAUGUAUCCCAUCGACAUCACCAUCUCCAUAGUGACUGUCCCAUCAUGCACAGUGCAGAGGAGAACCAGUUUAUGUGGCCAUGCAAUGAACAAUAAAGAGAAACUGAUGCUGAUCUUA